AUGUACCGGGUCGAAAAAUGGGACGAAAAAGGAAUCGCGUAUUCGAAAGUGCGGCGAUGCAUUUUCGACCGCGUUUUCGGCUAUAUGCGCCACAUUAACGUUAAAUUACUUUGGAUUAACGCCCAUUAUAUUUAUUAA